AUGACAUCUACCACAAUGCUAACCACUCUCGACUUGGUCACACCAACAUCAGAAGACCCAGGACCAAUCCAGGCAGCACCACAAAGUGGGGCCGUUGCCUCCACUUCAGAUUUCUCUACUGUCGUUUUGAGUUCGGAUGGGUCGGAGUUAGUUACUCAAAGUGCUCCAAAUACUCCAAUACAACACAGAGAAUUGGCGAACGCUGAAUUCGGGAACAAAGAAGCCACUUCAGACGCUAACAAUAUGAUGGCUGCAACUGGAAACGCCUCGAAACCGAGCCUCAAUAACUUUUACGCGGAUGGAUUCGGACAGCUUCGUGAAGGUCUUUUCUCGUGUUUCAGACCGGUUUUGGGAUAUUUUGGAGGAAAACCUCCUGCCGAAAUCAAAAAAUCGGAAGACGAAGAAUGGGAAAUUCCAUUUGAUGCAAUUUCUGAAUUGGAAUGGCUCGGAUCAGGAUCUCAAGGAGCAGUGUUCCGGGGACAAUACGAGAAUCGUACUGUAGCUGUGAAGAAAGUGAAUCAACUCAAAGAGACAGAAAUCAAACAUCUUCGUCAUCUCCGUCACCAGAAUAUCAUCGAAUUCUUGGGAGUUUGUUCGAAGAGUCCAUGCUACUGCAUUGUAAUGGAAUAUUGCUCAAAAGGACAACUGUGUACUGUACUCAAAACAAAGAAUACGAUCACUCGUGAACUUUUCUCUCAAUGGGUCAAAGAAAUUGCUGAUGGAAUGCAUUAUCUUCAUCAAAACAAAGUGAUCCAUCGAGAUUUGAAAUCGCCAAAUAUUUUGAUCUCUGCUGAAGAUUCAAUCAAGAUUUGUGAUUUUGGUACUUCUCAUUUGCAAAAGAAAAAUGAUAGUACGAUGAUGUCAUUCUGUGGAACAGUCAGUUGGAUGGCCCCAGAAAUGAUAAAAAAGGAGCCAUGUAACGAGAAAGUUGAUGUCUACUCAUUCGGUGUUGUUCUCUGGGAAAUGCUUACUCGUGAGACACCUUAUGCAAAUAUCGCUCAAAUGGCAAUCAUCUUUGGUGUUGGAACAAACAUCCUGAGUCUCCCAAUGCCAGAAGAAGCUCCACGUGGAUUGGUCCUUCUCAUCAAACAAUGCCUGUCACAAAAGGGAAGAAAUCGCCCGUCAUUCUCACAUAUUCGUCAGCACUGGGAGAUUUUCAAGCCAGAAUUGUUCGAGAUGACUGAAGAGGAAUGGCAGGUCGCAUGGGACUCUUAUAGAGAAUUCGCCAAGGCAAUCCAGUAUCCAUCUACCGUAACCAAGGAUCACGGAGGACCGAAAAGUGCAUUUGCAAUGGAAGAAGAGAUUCAAAGGAAGAGACAUGAACAGUUGAAUCACAUCAAGGACAUCCGUCACAUGUACGAAGCAAAACUGAAGAGAACCAACAAAAUGUAUGACAAACUGCAAGGAUGCUUCACCGAGCUCAAGCUGAAAGAACACGAGCUGGCUGAAUGGGAACGUGAUUUGGCAGAACGAGAGCACAUGCAUAUCCAUACUAGUCCACGAGCCAUGUCGAAUGCUCCAAGACCACAUCUACGUGGAAAUUGCUAUCCAAAUGAAGGCUAUGAAGAGAUGUCAUCCGAUGAGGACGGCCAAUGUCCACCAUGUCGUGGAAGUCCAUACAGAAACUCCAAUACAAGUACGUCUUCUGGAGCACAAAGUUCUCCAUUUUCAAGACAGUCUUCGUGCAGAAGUAGUGCUGGACAACAGACAAGAAGAAGUGAGGGAGCUAAUUCACAGAAAAUCCUUCGGAACGAUGCCAUGCGUAAUUCUUCGUCUUAUUGGGAGACAUUGGGAGGAACACGUGGAUCCCCAGCUCGUGGAUCUGGAUUCUCUCAAGAUUCUGGAAUGUGGAGUGCCGGAGCAAGUUCAAUGGCAAUCAAUGGAGCUGGUGGAGUUCAAGGAGGAGUGCCGGUCACCUACGCCCAAACAAUCUAUCGAAACGGCGAGGGACGUUGGUCGGAUGGUCGAAUUGCUUCACGUCGUCGUGUUUCUUCAUCAGCUAACAAAUCGGCUGUACCGCCUGUUUUCUUCACACGAGACAGUCCAUCUCGUGUUCCACACGGUGUGAUCAAUUACUCCUCUCCUCGAAGCAGUUCCAAACUCAAUCGAUCAUCUUAUCCAUCUCGAAAUGCACCACAUCAACUUGAAGAUGCCUGCUGCUGUAAUCAUGGACGUGUUCCACGUGCCAAAUCAAUUGCUGUUGCAAUGCCAACACGUGGCAGAUCUCCAACUCCAUACGACAAUGAAACCGGAGAGACUCAAGAGAAUAUGGAGGAGCAUUUCGUUGCUCAACUUCCGGAAUCAACUUCUUACGAGGAGGCUCUGAAAUCAAUUGGAGAGGCUGAUGACGUCGAAAUGACAACUAGUGUUAAUCCAAUCUACGCAUCACCAAUCACCACCUACAGUAACCCAUGCCAUGUGGUUUUUAACCCAGAAGAAGAGAAUGCAAAUGAUGUUGACUUGACUUCUUCAAUGGAUUCAAGAAGGUCCCGAGCAGACGAUGCAGAUGUAGAGUCAUCAGAAGAUGAGGGAAAUGGAAACAAUAUUCUGAAUACUUCGAUGGAAUCGGAGGAAUUGAGAUAUCGAAUUGACACGUCACAGAGUACAAUGAUGAGCUCUUUGGAGAGAAGUUUGGAGAUUGGAGCAACAAGAUCUGAUGGAUUGAGUGAUAAUGAAAGAAGAGUUCAAGCUGUCAAGCAUAGUAUCAAAACUCAUAGAAGAACUUCAUCGAAUCCGCAAGCCAUAAUUCAUCAACGUAUCGAAGAAUACUCUUCAUCUGCCACCGACGAUAGCGAUGAUGCUGGAGCCGUCAGAAUCUAA